GGGAAAUUUGCCUUGUGGGGAAGACUACGUCAGGGUACAUUCUGCCACAUGUCACCGCCUAAGGAAGUUGCUUUGCUAGAGCUCUGCACCAACAGUAACCCAAAAACCACGCCAGGAUGUCUUCCCCGCGCUACACAAAGCUGGUCUGCUCAAUAUGCCUUGGACGCAGCAAUGCACUAUUCUCAACGAGCUCCAGAGCCCAUCAACGACAACAUAACACAUAUGGAACGCCGCCGAUUCCUCCGGCUUCGGGUUAUGCCCGGCUUACCAACCGAUCCUUGAUCGCCAUUGCUGGCGCUGAUAGCACUUCGUUCUUGCAAGGAAUGGUCACGCAAAAUAUGCUUAUGGGCAAAGAGCCAGUCAACACACCUCGACGGACUGGAACCUAUAGUGCGUUCCUCAACUCACAAGGUCGGGUAUUGCAUGAUGUAUUCAUCUACCCGAUUGCGAGCACCGGCGUUGAUGUCGGCAAGUCUGUUGCCGCUGAGGAUCCCGUGUGGCUGAUCGAGGUCGACAAGGAAGAAGUCAAAAACCUAACGAAACACCUAAAAAAGCACAAAUUACGCGCGAAGCUCACAAUCCGCGCCCUGGAAGAUGGAGAACGCUCAGUCUGGGCCGCAUGGAACGAGAGCUCGGAUUCGCGAUGGGCUGCGUAUAACCUCGAUUCUGAUUUUCCAUCGCAAUUCAUCCCAGAUUCGCUUGUUGCUGGCUGUAUCGAUACUCGGGCACCUGGCUUUGGUUCAAGACUGCUUACGCCGGGGGAAAAUGAUCUUUUAAGCCAUUUCCCCAAUAACUCCACGUUCCCAGGUGGUGAGGUGGAUUUGACUGCCUACACGCUACGGCGUAUCAUUCAUGGAAUUGCCGAAGGACAGAGUGAAAUUUUGCGCGAGUCGGCGCUUCCCAUGGAGUGUAAUAUGGACCUCUCGCGCGCAAUCGAUUUUCGAAAGGGUUGCUAUGUCGGACAAGAGCUUACGAUACGUACACAUCACACGGGAGUCGUUCGGAAACGUAUUCUACCAGUACAGCUGUAUGAUGGGAAAGAUGAUGGUAUUUUAGCCGGGGAAACGCCGGUAUAUGACCCUCAGACAUCUCUUCCACUGCCCCCCAGAGGUGGAAACAUAUCCAAGGCGGGAGCGCGAAAGGGUCGAAGCGCCGGAAAAUUCCUCAAUGGCAUUGGAAAUGUCGGGCUUGGUCUAUGUCGUCUCGAAAUGAUGACUGAUAUCACGUUGACUGGGGAAGGAAGCCAGUACAGUCCAUCCCAAGUGUUCAAGAUUUCCUGGGAUGGAAGCGAUGUCGAACAAGCGUCCGGCGAAGAACUUUCUCCAUUUACGCCUUCUCAAAUGCCUGGAGAAGUCAAAGUCAAGGCAUUUGUUCCUCCGUGGUUGAGAGAGCAUAUAUUGGCAACCACAGAGCGAAAUAUCUCCUCUCAAAGAGCACGGGAUGAGAACGAGGGGCUUAGGGCUCGAGAUAUGGUCGAACAGCUCGAAGAAGAAACCGAAGCCGGAGACAGGCGGCAGGAGAGAUAGUUAGAAUUCGUCGGACCUUGCUUGUAUAUUAUCCACUCCACUUAGAUAUCUUGCAUAUAUUGACCGAAAUUACCAUUAUCAGCUACAUUAAUAUUUACAAUGCUGUUUGUCUAUCUUACAGUCUCUUUCGUUAGAGGUAUAUUAGUUAGUAUUGAUCCGUAUGCAUCACCGGCUCGCUAGGUACCAGACAAUUAGAAAAUUUAAUAAAGUACGUUUAAUUAUAAACAAUAAUUGAAUACCGUGC